CAGCGGCGGGCGCGGAGCUGCUGUGGGCCGGGACGCUGCUGGGCUGGAAAAGUGCCUCUCCCAGACGGAGCCGCCCUGCUGCCUUCGCCAGGUGGAGCCAGGAAGCUUUGGAGAGGGUGUUCAGGAAGGCGAGAGGAUGACAACGUCACCGCCCCUAGGCUGCGGCAGCAUCGGUGCCGACUACUACCUGCUCUGUGACACGGAGAAGGCCUGGGGCAUUGUCCUGGAGUCGCUGGCUGCAGCAGGCAUCCUCAUCACCAUUUUCCUCAUCUGCUCGCUCUUCUUCCUCAUCUGCAAAGUCCAAGACAACAGCAAGCGGCACAUGAUCUCCGUCUAUUUCUUCUUCCUUUUGGGCACACUCGGCGUUUUCGGUCUCACUUUUGCCUUCAUCAUUAAACUCAAUGACAGGACUCGUCCCACUCGCUUCUUCCUGUUUGGAGUCAUCUUUGCUCUCUGCUUCUCGUGCCUCCUCACCCAUGCCUGCAACCUCAACAAACUAGUGAGAGGAAGAAAGCCCUUCUCCUGGCGGGUGCUGCUGCUCUUCCUUGUUUCCUUUGCCCUGGUACAAGUUGUGAUCAGCAUCGAGUACUUAGUCACCAUGUUAGUAAACCAGAGAAAUGAAUUCCUGAAUAUGACUCGGGAGAAUACCAACAAGGACUUUGUCAUGCUUCUGAUCUACGUGCUCUUCCUGAUGGCUCUGACCUUCUUGGUUUCCAUGUUCACAUUCUGUGGGCCAUACAAAAGCUGGAAGAGGCAUGGGGCGCACAUCUUUGUCACUGUCCUGUUCUCCAUUGCCAUUUGGGUAGUCUGGAUCACCAUGCUCAUAAGAGGCAACACGGAUUUAGGCAAAGAAAUGUGGGAUGAUCCUGUUGUGGCCAUUGCUCUGGUGUCCAAUGGCUGGAUUUUCCUGAUAAUGUACAUUGUCCCUGAAAUUUGUUUCCUCACUGCUCCUCUGAAGCUAGAGGACUACCCUCCAGAAAAUGACUUCUGCCAACCCAAGUUCAUAAAGCAGGCAACUGGAGUGGACAACCGUGCCUACACCCAAGAUGAAAUUGUGCAAGGAAACCCCAACUACUCCCCGUAUGCUUCUCACUUUCAGAUGAAGGCCAUCGAACCCCAGAAUGAUUUCUCCAUCCCUCGCCCCAAGGCCCGGACAAGCCCAUACCAUGACUACACUGGUGGGAAAAGCCCCAUGUAGCAGCUCCACAGUCAGCAGAGACUAAGUGCCCCUCAGCAGAGGCAUGGGGAAUGGGCCACGUGGUGACAAGUGAGGUGACCCUGCAGAAGAGUGAACCCACAGCAGCAAAAAUGGAGAGGGAUCCUCUUUCCCACCCACAGGCAUCUUUGUAGCUCCCUGUUAUUCUUCAGACAUAGCCCUCAGACACAGCCCUGGCCAUCCUGUCCCUGCUCACUCUGUCUCCAUGGAAUGGAGCUUCUCUCUCUGAUGGAAGAGCAUCCUGGCUCAUUUUUGGCAGGAAUGCUGGAGAAGCAGGAAGAGCAUCAGCUGGGUCUGUGACAGGCUUUUCCCCAACAGGACCUGCUUUAAUCAGCUCAUGGGGGUGCCUGCACCCC